AAUGUUUUAAAAGCACACGAUCAUAGUCAGACUGUGUUGAGUUUGAAGUUUGUCGAGGUUGACGGUAGUUGAAUUAAAUUUAUCCGAUAAAAAUCGUACAAUAUGACUGCUAAUAUUUUAAACAUUGUUUGCGGUCUUGUGUACGUUGUCAUCGUGUGUGUAAAUGCAGCUCCAUCAACAAAAUUACCUAAAGGUUUUAUCCAAUGCAAACAAAGUGAUCCUAAUUUUGACGGAUGUCUAAUGACGGGAAUUCAAAGUGCUAUUCCUCAUUUGGCAAAAGGUGUUCCAAAUUUGGGAAUACUCAAAAUGGAUCCAUUGCGAAUCGAUAAAUUGAUAAUUGAUCAAGGCAAGGGGCCAGUUAGCAUAAAACUGGAUUUUAAAAAUUUGGAUAUUACUAACCUCAAAUCUAUUGUUAUAGACAAAGUUCAUUAUAAUGCAGACACUUUAAGUGUGGAUGCUGAAUUACAUCCCUUAAAACCUAUAGUUUUGGAUGGAGAUUAUGAAAUAUCGGGAAAAGUAUUAAUUCUUCCAAUUGUAGGAAAAGGAAGAUGUAAAAUUACUAUAGAUGUUACAAAUCUUGUUGGCACUAUUAAAAUGAAAUCAGUAUUAAAGAACGGAAAUAAGCAUUUAGAAAUUGUAAAUAUAUCAUGGAAAUUUACAGCUUCAAAAUUGAAUCUUAAAUUUGAUAAUUUGUUUAACGGAGACAAAGCCUUAGGAGAUAACAUGAACGUAUUCCUAAACGAGAAUUGGCGUGAACUUAUCGUUGAACUGCAACCGGCUAUUGAAGAAGUUUUUGGUACUGCCUUCAAAGAAAUUGGUCAACAAUUUUUGAAUCGUAUUCCGUUAGAUCAAAUAAUCUUAUGUACAUACAAAUUAUACAAGAUGACUAAUUUGGCUUCUUUUAUCGUAAAGUUUGUUUGUUGUCUUACGUACAUUUUCGUUGGAACUAUACACGCUGCCCCUUCAACAAAAUUGCCAUUAGGUUUUGUGCAAUGCAAAUUAAGUGAUCCGGCUAUAAGUGCAUGUAUAAGAGAUGGACUACAACGAGCUACUCCUUAUUUGGCAAAAGGUAUUCCGAGUCUCGGGAUACUUCCGAAUGAUCCAUUGAGAAUUAAUUCAUUAGCAAUAGAUCAGGGUAUAGGAGCUGUGAAUCUGAAGUUUAAAGAUCUAGAUAUUUUAAACAUGAAAUCGACGAUUAUCAAGGAUUUGGAAUUUGAUCCAAAAAACUAUACACUUAAUGUCGCUCUAGUCAUCCAAAAACCAAUUAUACUGGAAGGUCAAUAUGAAACGAAUGGCAGAGUAAUAAUUUUGCCCAUUAAUGGAAAUGGAACAUGUAGAUUUACUUUAGACAAUUACAAAUCUUUUAGUGUUAUUAAAAUGAAGCCAGUGCUUAAAAAUGGUAAUACACAUUUAGAAAUCAAAAGCUUAGAUUGGAAGUUUACUACUUCAAAAAUGCAUUUAAAAAUGAAUAAUUUAUUUAACGGAGACAAAGUUCUUGGUGACAACAUGAACAUAUUUUUAAACGAGAAUUGGAUGGAACUAUUAAAAGAAAUGCAACCAGCUUUCGAAAGAGCUUUGAGUGCUGCUUUUAUUUCAAUUGCACAAGAGUUCUUUAAUAGGAUUCCAUUAAAUCAAAUUUUUAUAGAUUAAAUAUAAUAUUAAUAAUUAAUUAAUACUUAUAUUAUUUUGGUAUAGUAAAUUAUUUAUAAAUAAUUGUUAUGCUUUAAACUGCAAUAUUCUUAAUUUAAAAAUAAUUUAAAGAAUUACUGUGUAAUUUAUUGUAUAAAUUUAAGUAUAGCUAUAAACGUGUUAUUCUAACUGAAUUAUAUCACUCAUAAUUUUGUAGAUUAAACUAGUAAUAUGUAAUUAUGUAAAUAAUUUUGUCCGUAUUUAGUUCUUUUGUAUAAUAUAUAAUACAUUUUUUAAUUAUUUGAUGUUGCUUUUUAUGCAGCCAGUAUUAAAAUAAAAUAUAACUUAAAAUCAGCUCAUACUAUUAAAUAUUUAAAAUAAUAGAUUUUACGUUUAAAAAAAUAUAAUAAUAUUAAUAUAAUA